AUGACAUCCAAGCUCACAGCGGCCUCUCCCCGUCUGCGGAGUCACUCUGGGGACCCGGCCUGGGAGCAGAGUGAGAAGAGGCGCGUGAGGCCGGCGGGCAGCCGCGGGGGUCACCUGAGCCCCACCCUCGGGGAGGCGGGGGAGAGGACCCCGUCCCAGUGUGCGGCCGCGCGGCCCCUUCCAGUCCGGCCGCCCAGGAGGCGCGCUAGCUCCCGGGAAAGCGCGUUCUCGCGGCCAGCCAGGUGCGCGGGGGCCCACCCGGGAGGCGGGCGAGCAGAGCCCGAGGUCCGCGAGCGCUCCUCCCCGGCGAACCCCGGCGGGCGCCCGGCGCGCACCUGCUGGCCGCAGCCUCCCCGGGUCCGUCCACCUCCCGCGUCUGUCCUCUCCCCGCUCGUGUCGGAGAUGUCGAGGAAACUUUCUGCCAUCAGCCUGGUGCCUGUCCCGGGGAAGUUCGUCCCCUGCUCUUUGCCGUCUCCGCCGGGUCCCUCUCCGAGCCUCGCGCCCUCUGCGGUGCCCUUCGUUGGGCCCCGGGGCGAGUGGGUGGCGAGCGCGGACUUGCGCUCCAGCCCGGCGGGCCGCCCCCACCCCCGGGUGGUCCUGCAUGUGUUUGCCCGAGGCCUCGAUGUGCUUGCUCUGCCCAUCUUCAAGCAGGAGGAGCCCCAGCUGUCCCCUGAGAACGAAGCCCGCCUGCCACCCCUGCAGUAUGUGUUGUGUGCUGCCACGUCCCCAGCUGUAAAGCUGCAUGAAGAGACGCUGACCUACCUCAACCAAGGUCAGUCUUAUGAAAUCCGACUACUAGAGAAUCGGAAGCUGGGAGACUUUCAAGAUCUGAACACAAAAUAUGUCAAGAGCAUCAUCCGUGUGGUUUUUCACGACCGCCGGCUGCAGUAUACAGAGCACCAGCAGCUGGAGGGCUGGCGCUGGAGCCGGCCCGGGGACCGGAUCCUGGACAUUGAUAUUCCACUGUCUGUUGGUAUCUUGGACCCCAGGGCCAGCCCGACCCAGCUGAACGCAGUCGAGUUUUUAUGGGACCCUGCGAAGAGAGCGUCUGCAUUCAUUCAGGUGCACUGUAUCAGCACAGAAUUCACCCCAAGGAAGCACGGGGGCGAAAAGGGGGUGCCUUUCCGAGUGCAGAUCGACACAUUCAAACAGAAUGAGAAUGGGGAGUACACGGAGCACUUGCACUCGGCCAGCUGCCAGAUCAAGGUGUUCAAGCCAAAGGGAGCUGACCGGAAACAGAAGACUGAUCGGGAGAAGAUGGAGAAAAGAACCGCCCAAGAGAAGGAGAAGUACCAGCCGUCCUACGAAACCACCAUCCUUACAGAGUGUUCUCCGUGGCCUGACGUGGCCUACCAGGUGAACAGCGCCCCAUCCCCAAGCUACAAUGGCUCUCCAAACAGCUUUGGCCUCGGCGAAGGCAACAGCUCCCCAACCCACCCGGUGGAGGCCCUGCCUGUGGGCAGUGACCACCUGCUCCCGUCAGCCUCCAUCCAGGACGCCCAGCAGUGGCUGCACCGCAACAGGUUCUCACAGUUCUGCCGGCUCUUUGCCAGUUUCUCAG